GUCACGUCCGGGAGACUUAGAGCCUGUGCGGAGGCGGUGCGGAGCGCUUCGGCUCUCAGCGGCUCGGAAGUCAGUUCUUUCUGCGAGCCUGCGGCGGAGCCUUUAUAUAGAAGGCGCGAGAGGUUGGAAGCUUCGAUUGAAGCACGUCGAGCGGCGACAGCAGCUAGGAGUCAUGAGCGACAGCGGCGAGCAGAACUACGGCGAGCGGGAAUCCCGUUCUGCUUCCAGAAGUGGAAGUGCUCAUGGAUCUGGGAAAUCUGCAAGGCAUACCCCUGCAAGGUCUCGCUCCAAGGAAGAUUCCAGGCGUUCCAGAUCAAAGUCCAGGUCCAGAUCUGAAUCUAGGUCUAGAUCCAGAAGAAGUUCUCGAAGGCAUUACACAAGGUCAAGAUCUCGAUCCCGCUCUCAUAGACGAUCCCGUAGCAGGUCUUACAGUCGAGAUUAUCGAAGACGGCAUAGCCACAGUCAUUCUCCCAUGUCUACUCGAAGGCGCCAUGUCGGGAAUCGGGCAAAUCCUGAUCCCAACUGUUGUCUUGGUGUAUUUGGAUUGAGCUUGUACACUACAGAAAGAGAUCUAAGAGAAGUGUUCUCUAAAUAUGGCCCCAUUGCUGAUGUGUCUAUUGUAUAUGACCAGCAGUCUAGACGUUCCAGAGGAUUUGCCUUUGUAUAUUUUGAAAAUGUAGAUGAUGCCAAGGAAGCAAAAGAGCGUGCCAAUGGAAUGGAGCUUGAUGGACGUAGAAUCAGAGUUGAUUUCUCUAUAACAAAAAGACCACAUACCCCUACACCAGGAAUUUACAUGGGGAGACCUACCUAUGGCAGCUCACGCCGUCGGGAUUACUAUGACAGAGGAUAUGACCGAGGCUAUGAUGAUCGGGACUACUAUAGCAGAUCAUACAGAGGAGGAGGUGGAGGAGGAGGAGGAUGGAGAGCUGCUCAAGACAGGGAUCAGAUUUACAGAAGGCGGUCACCUUCUCCUUACUAUAGUCGUGGAGGAUACAGAUCACGUUCCAGAUCUCGAUCAUACUCACCUCGUCGCUAUUAAAGCAUGAAGUUGAAGACUUUCUGAAACUUGCCCUAGAGUUGGGAUAUUGUUUGUGGACAAUAUUUUUUAUUGUCUCCUGUUUAAAAAGUGAACAGUGCCUAGUGAAGUUAGGUGACUUUUACACCUUUUAUGAUGACUACUUUUGGUGGAGUUGAAAUGCUGUUUUCAUUCUGCAUUUGUGUAGUUCGGUGCUUUGUUCAAAGUUAAGUGUUUUCAGAAAAGUAUGUUUUGCAUGUAUUUUUUUACAGUCUAAAUUUUGACUGCUGAGAAGUUUCUAUUGUACAAAACUUCAUUUAAAAGGUUUUUCUACUGAAUCCAGGGUAUUCUGAAGAUCGAAGCCUGUGUGUAAAAUGCUACCAAAUGGCAAAAAGCAACAAUAAAGUUUGAUUUUUACUUUUCUUUCUAACA